AUGGCCGUCGCUGUGGGCGGGGCCUGGUGGGGGCGGAGUCACUCGGGGCUCGUGAUUCCGUUGGCGUCGUCUCCAGUGUUCCCUGUUUUUCCCGCCGAAUCUCAGGCUAGAAGCAAUAAUUGGGCACUGGGAGCUGAUGGGAUGGUCUCCAGAGAUUGGACAACAGGGAUGAUCUACUUAUCACAGACCAUCACUGGAAUCCUGGGGAAUCUCUCUCUUCUUUCUCAUUAUCUCUAUCUCUACCUCACAGGAUGCAAGUUUAGGUCCACAGAUUUGAUCAUCAAACACCUGACUGUAGCCAACUGCUUAGUCAUUCUCUGUAGAGGAGUUCCCCAAACCAUGGCAGCUUUGGGGAUGAAGCAUUUCCUCAGUGAUAUUGGGUGCAAGCUUGUGUUCUAUGUGCACAGAGUGAGCAGAGAUGUGUCCAUUGGCAGUACGUGUCUCUUGAGUAUCUCCCAGGCCAUCACCAUCAGUCCCACCAACUCCAGGUGGAUGGAUCUAAAAGUAAAAUCUCUCAAGUGCAUUGGUCCCUCUAGUAUCCUCUGCUGGAUUCUGAACCUGACUAUAAACAUCAUAGUACCAGUGCAUGUGACUGGAAAAAGCAGUGACAAAAACAUCACAAAGAAAACUGACUUUGGAUACUGUUAUUUUGUGAGUCGCGGCAAAUACAUAGAUUCCCUGAAUGCAGUCCUGCUAUUAUUCCGAGAUGUUUUGUUUGUGGGGCUCAUGUUCUGUGCCAGCAGCUUCAUGGUUUUCACCCUGUACAGGCACAAGCAGCAGGUCCAAUACAUCCAUGGGACCAACAUCUCCUCCAGGUCCUCCCCAGAGUCCAGAGCCACCCACAGCAUCCUCGUCCUGGUGAGCACCUUUGUGCCUUUGUGCACUCUCUCUUCAAUAUUUCACUUUUUCAUAGCUGUAUUAAACAACCCCAGUGUGUGGCUGGUGAACACCUCUGCACUAAUCGCUGGCAGUUUCCCAACUGUGAGUCCCUACAUUAUCAUAAGUUACUACUCCAGAUUACCCAGGCUCUGUUUUGCACCCACAAGGAAGACAUAA